AAGGGAAAAACUGGUUGUCAAACUCAAACAAUAAGAAAAAAGACAAGUGAAAAAAUAGAGGGGGAAAGAGGAGAAGAAAAAGUACAUAGUGUCAAACCCACCAAAAAAGCCCUACACUCCCCCCAAACCUCUCCAUUUUGCUCUCUCCCUCUUCUCUUCUUCCUCUCUCUCUCCUCUUCUCUUCUCCCCCCUUUUCUUUCUCUGUCCUCUUUCUUCGUAGAUCAAUUCAAAGUUCCCAUCCUUUUCCCAAUUUCAUCAUUAUCCCUAAAUCAAUUUUACCCAAUUUCCCUCUUUUUUUCUUCUAGGGUUUUUAUGAAUUCUUCCCAAUUCAUACAGAAACGUUAAUUUGAUUGAGGAAACGUCGUUUUUGUUUGUUGUUGAAGUUGGGGUUUGAUUUUUUAGGGUUUGGAGGAGGGGGUGUGAAAAUGAGCGGUGGGGUUAGGGCGUCGUCAACAAUCCCUAACAAUGUGAAAAAGACGAUCCAGAACAUCAAAGAGAUCACUGGAAAUCACAGUGAUGAAGAAAUUUAUGCAAUGCUUAAGGAUUGUUCUAUGGAUCCUAAUGAAACCACUCAAAAGCUCCUCCUUCAAGAUACCUUCCAUGAAGUGAAAAGGAAAAAAGAUCGGAAAAAAGAGAACCAGACUGGCCGAGAUAUUGUUGAUUCAUGGUGGAGACCUGGUCCUCCAGGACGGGGUGAUCGUGGUGGACGGGGUAAUUUUACAUCUCGUUAUGCCGCACCAGAUGCUGGUGGUGGAAGAAGUAUUCCUGCUAAGGAGAAUGGAAUCGCCCAAUCUUCUAACAAAGCUGGAUCUAUUUCAUCUCCUCCAGUUCAGGAGACAAAGAGAAAAGAAGAUCGAAGCUCUGUGAUAGAGAUGCCCAAUGGUCCAGUUAAUGUAGUUUCAGGGGGUAAUAAAGGUGCCAACACCUUAAGUGGUGCCAAGGAACUUGAGCCACAGGCACGGAGUGGUGGAAGCAAGAAAUCGAACAUGGUGUCUGGAGUAAAUGUGGAAUCUAUUUUGGCAGCAACCUCCCCAGCUGUUGGUUCUAAUGAUACAGAUGUCCCUGCUGGUGCUGGCACCAUUAAACGUGAUGUUGGAAUCCAGCACUCGCAUGUGGAGCCAAAUUCAAAUACUUCUCCUGAAAACAAAUCAAAUGCUGGCAAAGUGGGUGCCAAGUCACAUGCUGUGAAGAAUCAGUCUACAGAAUUGUUGCAACCUUCAUCAUUGAGUCAUGGAAGCUCAAGUAGACCUUCCUCUAACUAUGGUAGUCGUUCACAGCAAGCUUUGGGCUCUCAAAAAGUGGGGCCGAAUAAGGAGUGGAAGCCAAAGGUGACCAACACAAAUACUGUUCAAGGACUUAAGACACCAGCUGCACCUGAAGGUUCCAAUAAAUUAGCUGAAUCUUUUGCAGACACUCAAUCUGUGGAAAACAUAACUGAUUCAGCUUGUGCUACCAACAAGCUAGAGAAGGAGCUGGAAGGUCUACUACAUGUGAAGGAUGCUCAGCAUGUUAUUAUUCCAAACCACAUACAUGUACCUGAUGCUGUGCGGACUGGUUUGAGUUUUGGAAGCUUUGAUGCUACCUUUGUUAUUGCUUCAAAAACCUCCAGCGAAUCUGAGGCUGAAAACUUGAAAUCUGUUUCUGAGACAGAACAGGCAAUUGAAGAAACAGUGGAGGAGGCUGCUAGUCAGAGCACAUUGUCACCUGAAGAGGAAGUUGAUUAUGUUGGUUCACAAUCGCCUAAGCCUGAGGAGAACUUGUCAUCUGGUGAUGUCAACGCUCCAUCUAAUUCAGUACCUGAUUUCAGUGACUCAAAGGAGACAGUUAGUGGUCCUCAGCAUUCUAAUGUCCAUACUUCUACCCAUUAUAAUUUUGGUCUGUUGCCGCCAAUGCUUGGCAACCCAUUAGGAUCACCAGAGGCCUCAGAGACACAACUUCGUGAUGCUUCUAGAGCUUCUAGCUUUGUAAUACAACAACCAGUGGAUCCUUCAAGCUUCUAUGCCCAAUUUUAUCGCUCUGGAGCAGACAGUGAUGGCCGUGUGUCCCCCUUUCCUGCACAUUUAGCUGCUGCGAAGUACAAUGGGAAUGUGGCAGUCCUGCCUUCACAAACUCCAACAGAGGGUGGAAAUUCUAUGGUCUUGUCAACAGCAGCUCAAACACCACUUGUAACUCAAGCUGCUGGUGUGAUGCCAAACUCAAUAGGUGUCACUCAACAGCCAAUGCCUCAUUUCCGCCAACCAGCUGGAGUUCAUAUACCACAUUACCCUCCAAAUUAUCUUCCCUAUGGCCAUUAUUUUCCUCCAUUUUAUGUCCCACCUCCUGCCAUGCAUCAGUUUCUUGGUAAUCAUCAUGCAUUUCCUCAGCAAGCUCAGCCUGGCAAUGUAUAUCCAGCACAACCUGCUCCUGCGGUGGGCCCUACAGCAGUUAAAUUUCCAAUGUCUCAGUAUAAGCCAGCAAGUAAUACUGGGAACUCAAUGCACAUGGGUAUAGGUGGAGGUUAUGGACCAUAUGGGGCCUCACCAGUUGGUUACAGUCCUGUUUCAGCUUCUACAGCUGGAAAUUCAACAGCAAAUGAGGAUCAUGCUGCAUCCCAGUAUAAGGAUAAUAAUAUGUAUAUCACUGGGCAACAGAGCGAAGGUUCAACUGUCUGGAUUCCUGCACCAGGUCGUGACAUUGCCAAUUUACCAGCAAACUCUUUCUACAAUCUUCCUCAAGGUCAGCAUGUGACUUUUGCACCUACACAGGCUGGCCAAGGUACCUUUGCCGGCAUCUACCAUCCUGCUCAAGCAGUUACAGCAGCUAGUGUGCAUCCCUUUCUACAACAAUCCCAGGCCAUGCCUGGGGCUGUUGAUAUGGCGGGUGCGACAGCUAAUGUUUAUCAACAAUCUCAACAUGCACAAAUGAAUUGGCCAAAUAACUACUGAUCUGGAGCGAGUGCUCUUUUCUUGUAAGCUCGACAAGAUCUUUUGAUGGUGGGAGUUCUCUGGGAUUGAUAAUUGCUGAAAAUAUCAAAAAGAUUAUAUGGGGGUUGUAUGUGAGGACAUAACAUCAUAAAAGCAGGCCGAAGGAUUAGCCAAAGGUAUCUUCUGGUGGUGCUAAUAGCAUAAAAUUGGGGUAUAGAAUGACAAUCUGCCAUUGACUAAAUAUUACAAAUUUUUAGCUAGCUUGGGGGGUGAUAUGAGCAGGUUUCUUUUUCAUUCUGUUGGUAUAUGGUUUUCUGAUCUUCCCCAGUCAUAUUUAAAGUUUUUGUUUUUUAAAAGAAAAAAAUUCAAGUUUUGUAUUAGAAUUUACUUGAGUGACUGGCAAGGUAUUUUUCGAAGUUUAUGAAGGUUAGGAUUUAUAAAGAGAGGUCUAAGAUGUAGGUUAGUUGGAUUGGAUUCCCCUUUUUCUCCAUUUUCUUCUUUCUGUUCUCUUAUCUGUAAAGUGAAUUUUGUUGGGAAGAAGAGGAUGUAUUGAAUGAACUGAAAUUGUUGUAUUUGGUAUUAAGCAAAAGCAGCUCGCAAUUGUCUCA